CGACCACUUCCGGGAUUUGACGCCUGAGGGAUAAAUGAAAAUGACAAAGAAUGAAAACAGGAAUGUAUUUACUGUUUAAGGAAACAAAUCAAACCCAAUGUGUUGGACCUUCAAGAUAAGAUGACAUUUAAAUUUAAGAAAUUAUUUGGCAUACUGCACUAGAUAGUUACCUACUAGCUUAUCUGAGAUUACUGGGCAUAUUACUGACCAAUCACCAUGGAUAACGAAGAAAUGGAGGCUUAUCUCGACUUUUCACUAAUGGCAGAAAGAAAUCAAACACAGAAUAUCACCUUACAUCAUAUCGAUAAAAACACAGAUGACAUUGAAAACAACUUGAAAGGCAAUUGGAAUGAAUCGAGUGAGCUUGCCGUUAGUGCUUCAGCACCUCAUGGACACGACUUAUCAAAUGAAUAUUUAAUUACAAAAUCCAACCAAAACGUUCAGUUCACAACUACUGACAAUUUCCUUUUAGUUUCAGGAAGACAGGGACAUGAAGAUACAAAGAGUAUUGAUUCCAGUGCCAUUAUGAAAAUGGAAGUUAGGAAGUCUUUUUGAUCAGGUCAACCACACAAAAUCAUUGAAGGAUGGAGAAACGUUUCCUAAGGUCGUUGACAAUUCUACAGUGUUCGACAAACAAGGAGAGAGUAUGAAUGAUAAACAAUUAAAUUACACUACAUGGAACUACAAUGAUGAAAUUGUAGUGUUGAAUCUUUCAAGAGGAGAAAAGAGCCUGGCAGAGCCAGUCCCUGGAACUUCGAACUCUACAGAUAAUAUUGUUGUCCAGUUUGAAAGUGAUCUCCAGUCAGAAGCUGGAAUACAUAUAGAUUUAAUUCAAAAGGCCAAGGAUGAAUCUCAGUUUGAUGAUAAAAAUGAAAAUCAUAGAAGUGACAGAAAACCGCUGAUUUCAGAACUUAGUGAUUCAUUAGGUGAAUCUGAUCAUUCCAAGGGAGGUAAUAAGGUUUUCCAGGUUGGUGACAUGGUAAUAAAUUCAGAUUCAGCUAUGGUAGAUCAUGGAAGGGGAGAUAAUUCGGAGGAACUAAUUGACAUCAAAAAUUAUUCAGAUGAAGGUGUUACAGAGGUAAAGUACGAAACUGAUCUUGAACCAAACAUGUACAUCUCAAGGAAGAGGAAAGUUGACAUGAAUGUGAACAGUCUUUCAGAGACACAUUUUGACCAUUCAAGAUCACAGGAAGUGAAAAUAGGAGGAAAUUUCCCACUGAAAGCCAAGUCUCCCAUCAAAAUGACAUUUAAAAAAAGGAAAUAUGAAAUGGAAGGUUUGUGUAAAAAAGACAAUGUAAAUGAAACAUUGGGAGAAAAUGAUAUUGAAGGGGAUGAGAAAUGCUGUCCAGAGAAAAUAGAGACGUCUGCAAGUAAUGACAGCGAUUACUGUGCUGUUCACGGUGAACUUGGAGAAGAAAAUGUUCCACUAGACUACUCCAUGCAUGCUACACUUGUCCGCGAAAAUUUGUCGAAGAGUGUCAUGACAGAUCAGGCAGCUUCAAAACCUCUCUGUGACACUGAUGCUACUACGAGUGAUCAGGAUCAAGAAAGCUUUUGCAGUUCUUUGAAACUUGUAUCUGUCAAUGAAAUGGAACAGAAAAAAUCCUCUGAGAGCCAAAUCAAAUCUGGAAAUGAAAGUAGCACAGCUGAUGAAACUGAUGAAUCAGAUGCCAAGGAUGAUGAAACAGACCAAAAAGAAAUAGGACAUGUUGACAAGUUUGUGUUAGAAAGGUUGAUUAAAUCUUGUCAGGAAAAGAAGAAAUCUAAGCUAAAAACGACAGAAAGUAGCAACUCAAAAGGAAUAGUCUUUAACUGUGAUAAAUGCUCCAAGACCUUUACUAGAAAGUCAACAUGGCGUCACCAUGUAAAAAUCCAUGUUGAUGACAAGUUUAAGGAGUGUAAGAUUUGCGGAAAGAAACUGAAAUUUUCUGGUAAUAUGUUAUCUCAUCUGAAAACUCACACUGGCGACCGACCGUUUAAGUGUGAGUUUUGUGAGAAAACAUUCACACGUGCUGCGAGUCUUUACACUCAUGUCCGAUCUCACACAGGGGAAAAGGCAUUCUUGUGCGAAAUUUGUGGAAAAGGAUUUGCAGACAAAAGUCAUUACCGCAGGCAUUUAAGAAUUCACUCCGGCAUUAAACCAUUCAAAUGUGAAGUUUGUGAUAUGGCUUUCACACAAAGCUGGAGUUUGAAGUCGCACAUGCUGAGCCAUGCGGAGGAGAAACCACACACCUGUUCUCUCUGUGGUAAGGGUUACACACAGAAAGCAUACCUUGAAAGUCACAUGCGGUCCCAUACAGGGGAGCGACCCUUCAGUUGUGAGACAUGCGGGAAAAGUUUCAGCGACAGCAGUUGCAUGAGGAGACAUGCCAAGUCGCACCUGGGCGAACGGUCAUUUAUUUGUGAACUUUGUGGUAAAGCGUUCGGACGUGGCUGGAAUCUGACCGUCCACAUGAGAAUUCACUAUGACGACAAACGUUUCGAAUGUUAUAUUUGUGGUAAAGCAUUUGUACAGAAGAUCAAUCUUGACAAACAUAUUCUUACACACCCUGUUGAACCGUGUGAUUAAGAUUAGGAUUGUGGAUAAAAUAUGUUAACCAAUAUUUAUUAGUGAGCAAUUUUCAUACUGUAUCCAUACAUUCGUAGAAACUUAUAAGCUAAAAAGUAACACAUUUUUAAAAGACACACCAUCUUAUUAUUUCUGUAAACAUUGUUGAAAUUUGAUUAAAUUGUUAAAUACUAGAUUUUUGCUUUUUUAAGGAUGGUAAUUAUAUAAUGGGCCCAUUACAGGUUGAAAUUAUUGAAUAUUUAAAUAAAAUUUUAUAUUGUGUAAUUUUAUUGAAAUAAAGAAAUUCUGAAAGUAAUUUUUAAAUAAAACACAAUUUGACAUGUGGUUUCAUUUGCAUAUUUGUAUAUUAAUACCUAGACUUUUAUUUACAUACAGGUCAUCCUUUUGGUAUUGACAAACAGUGUCUUCUGGGAUUUCAAGACCUGGAAAUUUAUCUGAAUACAAAUUUUUCGCCAAUAUAAAAUAUUCACUUCAAAGCCACAUUUUACAGUAUUUUUCAAAUUGAAACAAAUAGUUGGGGAAAAAACACAAUCUUAUAUCUCUAUAGAUGUUUAAUUUGACGACUUUGACAUUCACAACAAUGUCUCAAUCAUAAUUCAUUUAAGCAUUGAUGUCAUUUUUUUUUUAGUUUCAUCAGGGUAUGAAACAAAUUUUAUUUGCAAACUGUAUGAAUCUGCGUAGUGGAUUCUUACAGAAGUUUGCAAACAAAAUUUGUUUCAUACCCCGAUUAAACUAAAAAAUAAUUGACAUCAACACUUAUAAUUAAUUUUUGAAAAUGAUUUUCUAAUUUAAAACAUGUUUUAUGUACAAUUUUACUGGUUUUAAAUGGGAUUCUUUUUCUCAAAUCAAUACGCAACGUCAAUUGUUGUAUUGUGACGUCACAUUUUUCGCGCCAUUCACGGAAUUUCUUUCAUAGAAGAAUGAAAAGAAUUUUUCGACCAAUCAGAUUUGAGUAUUUACCAUGAAAACAAAGAAAAAUUAAUCAUAUAAUUAUAUUGACCAAAGACGAAAAAGGAAGGAGCACAUACAUGUAUCAUGAUCAGCUCAUAACAAGUCAAUUUACUUAUUUAUAACUCUGAAAAAAAUAUACCGGCAGGGAAACACGGUGGUAAGAAAAUUUAUUACUCUAAAAAAAUAUACCAGCAGGGUAAAGGUGGUCUUAAAAUGUAACCAAGUGCUACGUGAGGCUGUGAUGGCCUGGAGUUUUAGAUACAUAUACUUUGUAUAUAAUAUAGGUAUAUAUACAUGUAAUUGUGUGAAUUACAAAACAAGUUGAAUCUAAUCAUUGUUCGUUACAGAGAUUUAUUUUACAUUUAUCCAUAACACCAUUUUCAAAUAUAUAGUACACAGAUGAAUAUUGACCUCAAAAUGUAGCUAAACAUAUUUUUUUCAUUGAUAUAUUAAAUAUACAAUGUGUAACCAAAUCUUUAAGAUUUUUUAAACUGAAGAAUGAAAUCCACAUUUAUUGUUGACCUAAAUUAAACUGUUCUUUUAAUUUACUGGUGGAUGUUCAUUGCGGGAAAGUUAGUACGUACGUAUAUUAGACUACUAAUUUCUAGGAGACAUAUUUUAGCUCACCUGGUCCAAAGGACCAAGGUGAGCUUAUGCCAUACCGUGGCGUCUGUCGUCCGUCCGUCCGUCAACAAUUGACUUAUUUGACUUCUUCUU